AUGGAAUCCCCAUUUUCUGAUAUGGAUUGGCUUGAUACAGCAUCAAAUACUCUUGAUCUUGCAAUACAAAAAGGUCUUUAUACAGAAUUUAGUCAUCUAAAAUCUGAUCUUGAUCGUAUACGUUUUAUACAUAAUCAUCGUACAAAUCUUUUAUCAAAUACAUUUGAACGUUAUUUAUCAUCAACAUCAUCAUCAUGUUUAACAAAAAAUGCUACAACAGCAAUAAAUUUUCGUAAAAAAGGUAAUGAUUAUUUUGUUGAAAAAGAUUUAUCACGUGCAGCAUGGUGUUAUCGUGCAAGUAUUGCAUUAUCAACAAUAAAUAGUCAAGAUAUGGCAUUAUCAUAUGGAAAUUUAUCAGCUGUUCUUUUUGAAUUAAGUCAUUAUCAUGAAUCAAUACGUGCUAUACAAUUAGCUAAUGAUUUUUAUCCAAAUGAACUUAAAUUUAAAUUAGUAUUUCGUCGAGCUGCAUGUUAUCAUAAAUUAAAUGAUCCUGAACGUAGUGCUUAUGAACUUAAAAUAUGUCGUGAUCUGAUUAAAAAAACUGCUGGUCUUGAUAGAAAAAAAAUUGAUUCAUUUUGUAAAGAAAUGGAUCAUUUAAGUCGACAAAUAGCAAUUUUAAAUAAACGAAAAGAAGAAGAAGAAGAAGAAGAACAACAACAACAACAACAACAACAACAAAUUAAAAAAUCAUAUAAAAAUCUUGAUGAUCUUAUUCAAAAUUCACAAACACCAACUGAAACAAUAGCUACUUGUUUAUUAAAAUCAACUGAAGAAAAAACUACUGAUGAAUUUUGUCCACCAUCACCUCCAUCACCACCUCGUAGUACAAUUCUUAUUGAUGAAUCAAAAUUAUUAUUAAAUGGACCUAAUAAAUAUAUACCUUGUGCUAGUUCAACUUUACGUCUUGCUUAUUCAAAGGAUAAAGGUCGACAUAUAAUUGCUAAUCAAGAUAUUCCAUCGGAUGUAUUAAUACUUAAUGAACGUCCAUAUGCUUGUUUAUUAUUACCUAAAUUUGCUUAUACAUACUGUGAUCACUGUUUAACGGCUAUUGUCAUACCAUAUGUAUGUCCUCAAUGCUCUCAUGUUCUAUUCUGUAGUGAACAUUGUCAACAACGUGCACUUGCUAGUUAUCAUCAAUAUGAAUGUAAACAUAUUCAUAUACUUAAAACAUUAGGCAUAGCUUUUCUUGCUUAUCGUACAUUGACAAUAACUGAUCAUGAAACAUUAUGGACAACAAUAACUCAAACAACAAUUCCGAAUGAUAAUGAAGAACAAAAUAAUAAUAAUCAUAAUAAUCAUAAUAAUAAUAAUAAUAAUAUAUAUAAAUCAGAUUAUUCAUCGAUACAAAAAUUAAUAACACAUACAGAACAAAUGUCUACUGAUGAUUUAUUUCAUUAUUCUUUAACAGCAUAUCUUCUUUCAGAAAUAAUAAAAUCAACAAAUUUUUUAAGAUGUAAUCAAAUAAAAAAACGUGAUACUGAACAAAUUUUACUUGCAUCUAUAUUGCUUAAACAUAUUCAACAAAUGAUAUGUAAUGCUCAAACAAUAUCAAUAACAAAAACAAAUCAAAUUGAUGAUAUUAUUUUUGAUAAUGAUGAUGAUCAUGAUGAAAUAACAAAACGUUUUGCUUCAGCUAUAUUUCCAACAUGUGCAUUAAUGAAUCAUUCAUGUGUACCAAAUAUUCGUUGUGUAUUUGAUCAAGGAUAUUUACGUGUAUAUACAGCGAAAACAAUACGACAAGGUGAAGAAAUUUUAAAUUGUUAUGGUCCACAAAAAUCUCUUAUGCCAUCAAUUGAACAAAGACAAAAUGUUCUAUUAGAACAGUAUUUUUUUAAAUGUCAAUGUGAAGGAUGUAGUGAAGUACAAAAGCCUCAAAUUGAAACAUUAGCAAAUGGUGAGAAUUAA